CUCUACACACCAGUAUAUACCAACCUCGACACAAAACAGACAAUACGUCGACAAGUAAAUAAAGUGUAGAUAUACAGAUUAUAUCAACGUUUCUUAUUCAAUUAUCAGAGUUUAUAGUUUCCCGAACAACUUAUAUCCGGAUAAAGGGAACAAGAGAUAGAGAGCUUUCCUAUCCGAGCACAUAGGUGGAGAGACUAGUGGCCAGUACUCCACACUCAUUCAUACUGUCAUGUUAAGUUGACCCACUAAGCUGAAGGUUUAUAUAGAAUAAUGGGGUGUGGGUAUAAAGCCUGCUCCGUAAUUGUUCUUCUAGUGGUUGCGCUCUCAGUGGGACAAAACUUCCCUCCCAAGAACUCUAAUCCUAUUGAUGCAGAAACUGUGAGUAGAUGGGGACAAAAGUUCGGAACAGAUCUUUGGCAUUCUCUUAGUCAGGCAACAAGGCGAGAGAGCAUUCAACAACAGUAUGAAACCAAUCCUAACCUCAACGUUGAUGAGGUUGAUGGGUUUGUAUUGGUCCGAGCAAUGGCUGCUGAGGUUCAGAUCAUGAUGCAGCACAAGAUUGAUGCUAUCAAGAGGAUUAUGGAGUUAGCUGAAAAUAUUGCCCUGGAUCAUAAAUAUGACAAGGAACGUGGAGCCCGACUAGCAGAAGGAAGAUAUCAUUAUGUGAAUGCUAAGAAGCUUAAUGUUCUCCCAGAAGGAGAUGCCGGAGGCUCUGGGGAAUUCGAUAGGUAUUUGUCUCAGUACAGAUCCCCGGAGGAUGAAUACUAUGCUCCAGGAUACUCUCGUCUCAACCUAAAUGCAAACCCACAUUUCUCCGGUAUCCCCGUUAAUACAUCCCGGAGCUCUGUCCACGUCCCAACCAACGUGUUUGACGGUGAACCGAAGGUGAUCAAUGCUAUAGACUGGAGUAAGAAGCUGGACGAUACGUUUAGGGAUAACUAUGAGAGAGAUCCGUCCCUCUCCUGGCAAUAUUUUGGAUCCAGCACUGGGUUUCUCCGACAGUAUCCAGCAAUCAAAUGGUUGACCUAUGAGGACGACCCAGAUAUGUAUGAUGCAAGGAUGAGAGAUUGGUAUAUCAAAUCAGCAGCAAGCUCCAAAGAUUUAGUUAUUCUUCUCGACACAUCAGGAUCCAUGACAGGACUUAGGAAGGAGAUUGCAAAGCAUGUUGUUCUCAAUAUCAUGGAGACCCUCGGAGAAGAUGAUUUCCUAACGAUUCUAACCUUCUCCGACGAGACCCGUCCUCUAGUUCCCUGCUUUACAGAUGCUGACGGAGAACCAGAGCUGGUUCAAGCAACUACAGAGAAUAUUGCGGAGUUUACGGAAGCUGUGAAUAAUAUUGAAACCGAGGAGAUUGCAAACUUUACAGCUGCACUCACCAGUGCUUUCUCCUUACUGGAGAAAUACAGUUUGAAGUCGCGAUCUGGAAAGCUUGGAGCAAACUGCAACCGAGCAAUUAUGUUGGUGACAGACGGAGUUCCAUACAAGUUCCAAACUAUAUUCCAGGAGUUUAAUGAGCCUGAGAAGAAGGUUCGAAUGUUCACGUACCUGAUAGGACGAGAGAUCUCUGAUCUCGAAGCUGCUAAAUGGAUGGCCUGCACCAACAAGGGAUAUUUUACUCAUGUAACAACACUGGCUGAAGUCAAGGAACAGGUUCUGAAGUAUAUUCCUGUAAUGGCCAGACCCCUGGUUCUUCUCAGGGAGCAACAUCCAGUACGCUGGACAGGAGUUUAUGCGGAUAUUGAGGAUCCUAAAACCUCCCGUUGGCUCUGGAAUAUCAGAGAACGGGCUCGACAGAAGAGAAGGACGGAGAACUAUCGGAAGAUUAUUGCUAUGCAACGAGAUAAAGAUCUACAACCUACGGAGGAAGGAGAAUCAGGCCAGCAGAUUGCAGCUCUGGAGAAACUAACCCGUCUGCAUGAUAAGAAACAGAUGGAAAACUUUCUGACGUAUGGGAAAUGGGAUCUGAAGGACGCAGAUAUAGAGAAACUUAAUAAAGAGGAAGAGAGGAAAGAACGGCUGGUUCGUGAGAUAAUAGAUGCUAAGGUGGAAAAAUGGUCAAUUCCUCCCAAACAGUUAUCUCUCGCGUUCCGCGAGGCGCAGGGUAAAGAUGGAUCCUUUAAAGGAUACAAACUAAUGACCUCAGUGUCAAUACCAGUCUAUAAUAAGAAAAACCAUACGAACUAUACUGAGAGUAUACGAGUGUCGGAUAAAAAGAAGGUUGAUAAAGUUAAAAAGGUUCGCAUAGCAGAAUUACUCGGUGUAGCAGGGACUGAUGUUCCUAUUGCUCAAAUAGAGAAACUGAUCCCACCAUAUAAGCUUGGUGUAAACGGAUAUUCGUUUGCUGUGAAUAACAAUGGUUAUAUUCUCUACCAUCCAGACCUGAGACCAAUGAUUUCAAGAUACGGAACGUUUCAAGAGAUCCUGAAACCUAACUACAACAGUGUAGAUUUGUCCGAGGUUGAGCUAGUUUAUAAUCAGAGAGUUGAUGAGCCAAGACUUAAUGAUUCAACACUCUACCAGAUGAGGAGAGAGAUGGUUGAUCAGAAGGACGGCAUCUCAAGGUUGACCGUCAAGGUCCACAUGGAUGAUAUGAAGAGGGUUACUAUCAGAGAACAGGACUACUUCUACCAUAAUAUCUCCAAUACCCCGUUCACCCUCGGUAUCGUGUUCCCCAACAAGUACGGGAAGUACAGGGUGGUCGGAGGACUAGAGGUCAAUGACCCUCAGAACAGACAACCAGGAAAUGGACCUGCUGCCAACCUGGCUGGAGAUAGAUGGAAGCUGCAUCCAGAUUGGGUUUACUGUGAGUACAAUUACGGAGGACAAUCUGGCAAAAUGUUCGAUAAUCCGGAAACCAACAUGGUUCAUUUUCUUAACCGGCUCGAGGAGGAGAAGAAUCAGUUUGACUGGGGGCAGUCUAGAGUUCGUCCAUUGCCUAAAUGUCAAGGAAAUGGUGCUUACACUCCGGAUUGUACUAAAUCUGCUGGUAUCCCAACUGCUGGGAAGGAUUCACAUUUCUGUGACAAGGAGUUGGUACAAGCUCUAAUCCUUGAUGCACAGAUUACAAAGGUUUUUGAGGAGAAAACAUCAAGACGAGAUUCUAUCCCUGGGAUUGGCGAAUUCUUUGCAAUGAUGCCAAGGGACAACCUUUUCAACAUUUUCGGGAUUAAACUCUCCUUUGUGGCGACUAGAAGUGGACUCACCAGAUGGGAAGAACAUAAGCCCCCGCCAUCUCCCAAUGAUCCUGGAUAUGAAGAAGAAACACCGUAUGACCCGGAUAAUCCAAAAGAACCGCACUUCAGUGAGGUCAAUAAUGAGGCUACAGAUGAGGUUUGGUAUAAGAGAGCUGUAGAAUAUCAUUACAACAAUCCUCAGAGUUUUGUUUUCUCAGUUCCAUUUGAUAUCGGAGAUAAACGUCCGACCCAAGUAACCGCAACCCACGCCAUCUUCAAGGGGAAGGGUUCAAGGAAGGCUCCGGCUGCUGUGGUUGGAGUUCAAAUAGAUUACGAGAAGUUUAGAGAUACGUUCAUGCUUGUAGCUAACAAGGACAAUGCCCUGUCCUGCAACGACAACACGAUCGAGUGCUACGUCCUGGAUAACAACGGGUUCGUUGUUAUCUCCGAGGACAAGCUCAACACUGGCAAGUUCUUCGGAGAGAUUGAUGGAACCGUUCUCAACAGUUUAGUUCAGAAUAAUGUGUUCAAGAAGAUCAAAGUUUACGAUUAUCAGGCGAUCUGUCUUGAGUCAGCUGAUGAUGGAUCCCCGGCCUCCAUGAUGUUAACUCCAUUCAGACUUCUUAGUUCUUUAUUUAACUGGAUAAUUGGACACAUAGCCUUCACCAUCAUCAGGUUGGAGCUGCAUCAUCUAUGGAACCCUGACUGGACCUAUUCCUUCCCUCAGUCUAAUGAUCCAAAUGUUGUCUUUGAUGGAGAUUAUUACGCUUACGAUGAAUAUACUCCUAACGAGGCUGCAGCUGAGGGUCCGACUUCGGAGGAUUCUAGCUUGGAGGAGGAAGAGUUACAUGAUCCCUACAACUCCCAUGAUGACGAGCUUGUGAAUGAAUACAUGAUGAAGGAUGGAGGUCCAAUACCAAUCCUGGAGAUGACGUAUAUAAACAAGACCCAACCUAAACCAUGUGACAAGGAGGUGUAUCUGUAUGAACUCCAGGAAACAGUUCUAGAGAAGAUGGGUAGACCUCUUCAGGGUAUUCUUAGAAACUGUCAUGACAGCAAGUGUGAGAGACCGUUUACUGUAACCCUAAUCCCAAACACGAACCUGAUCCUGGUUGCAGCGGAUACAACAUGUCCCUGCUACUCUGCUAGAAUUACAGUUUCUCCAACCAAGGUUGAUUAUGGUCCAGUGAAUGAGACAAUGUACUGUGAGAAGCUGAAAACCAAUCUCUAUAGGAAGCGUCCUCAUCAUUGUGUGCCAUAUCAUGCACAGGUGAACUGAAUAUUCAUCUUUUAU